AUGAACACCUUCCUAAUAUUUGACAUCAGAACAGCCUCAAUUCGUCUGGGCAUGGACUCCAGAAGGCUAGCUGGCAGAGGCUGCGUUGUUGACUUCAUAUUCUGUGCCUGUCUCCCCUUCAACAUCAUCUACAUGGUAACAAUGGACUGGAUCUUUGUGCUGUUCAUGUGCAUGUUCACCUCUUUCACAAUGUUCCUUAACAUGUUCAGCAGCAUCUUCCUCCUGGUCAUCAUGAGUGUUGACCGUUUUGUAAUGGUCGUAUAUCCAGUUUGGGCCCAAAACCAGUGUACCGUGAGGAUGGCCUCUGCAGUUUUGGUCCUUUCCUGGGUCAUCUCUGUUGCACUCAGCAUUGCCUCCAUAAUGUUUUGUCAUGUCACCACAGACUACAUAACAACAUGCUUUAACAACUACCCAUCCCAAAAUAUCCAUCUAACUGUAGUUGUGAGUCGAUUUGUCAGUGACUUUGUGCUCCCGCUCCUCCUAAUCAUCUUCUGCUACUCUGUCAUCACCCUGCAACUGAGGACCAACAGGAUGACCAGGUCCUCCAAGUCCUUCAGAGUCAUAACUGCCCUGAUAGCCAUGUUCCUCAUCGGCUGGCUGCCCUGCCAUGUCUUCAUUAUACUGCAAUCCGGAGCCAGGGGUAAAGCUUAUCUAACUGUUAUUCCUGAAGGUCUGAAGAUAUGAUGGACUAAAUACAUACUAACCAACGUCUGGUGUACUUUUACUACCAUACAACAUUUAUUUCAGAUUGCAUGUUUAUUUGGAAUCGCAGUCCUUUACUUCCAUUCUAUUACCUUAUUUAUAAUCACAUUACAUUCAUUCCAUACAAAAUACAUUCAAAUGUGACACCCCUUUUGAGAUAGUGCUAGCCUGUCAAUGAAAGCAAAAAACACUCAAAGUUAAGGUCCUAUGUCAAAAAUAGAAGAGAUUGCUCCCAUUUACUUGUUGCAUUAUAAAUAUAUUUGUAAUUUUGUUGCAAGUACUAUAAAAAUAUAUGUGUAUAUUUUUUCUUUCAUUGCACUCUUUCUACAUGUGACCAAUAGAGACACGCGCACAUUAUACAUCAGUCAACAUAAAAUGGUGGGUGUACAAAAUCAAAUGCUUCACUUACAGAUUAUUUUGAUGUAUAUUAGCUUUCUAUUCUCUGUUGCACAUUACCUAUGGCUGGGACUAUUAUAUACCUGUACAUGCAGCUUGUUUUGCGAUACCGAAGCAAUCGAGAAAAUGGGGUGCGUCA